AUGCUUCUCGAGCAUCUGAAUCCUUGGUAUCGCCCCGCAUCAGAGUUCGAGCCAACGCCCUUCAUCGCCCUCUUCUUCCGAGCUCCCGUCAAGCUACUCCUCUACCAUGCAUACCACCUUAUCACAUGUCUGCGCUCACCCCCGAAGCCUCUACAACGCCCACCCAUUCGAGUCGUUUGCAUAUCCGAUACGCACAAUUUGAUACCGGAAGAUGUACCGGAAGGCGAUCUGCUCAUCCACGCUGGUGACAUGACGAAUGACGGAAGUGUGGCGGAAAUACAGAAACAAAUAGACUGGCUGAGCUCGCUCCCGCAUAGAGAGAUUGUAGUGAUCAGUGGGAACCAUGAUACUUUUUUGGAUCCAAGGACACGACCAUCGCUGUCCGAACAGCACAGGACUGGAAGGCUCAAUUGGAAGAGGGUACACUACCUGCAGCACCGACGGUUGAGCCUAACGAUCAAGGUUGAGCCUAAAGACGGCGAUCAGAUGGAUGUUACCACACCCUUGCUCGCAGCGGAGCCAGGUCAGAGAAGGAUACGAAUCUACGGCGCACCACAUAUACCAGCAUGUGGAGACAUGAACGUGCAUGCCUUCCAGUAUGAAAGGGGACGAGACGCGUGGUCAGAAACUGUGCCUGAAGAUAUCGAUAUAUUGGUCACACAUACACCGCCGAAAUACCAUCUGGAUCUGUCCCUGCCGACGGGGAUCGGCUGCGAGCACCUCCUUGCUGAGGUCAGGCGAGUGAAGCCAACACUACACGUCUUCGGCCAUGUGCAUUGGGGCGCAGGGCAAACUGUAGUUUGGUGGGACAGAGCUCACGAUGCAUAUGUGCGAGGGCUUUCAAUCAAGUCCAAGUGGACGCGAGGUAUCCUGAAUCCAAAGCUUUGGUGGAAUGUAGUCAGGGUCGCGUACCGUGGCAUGCGAGAGCUGCUCUGGGAUCGCGUGUGGGGCGGGCAGAGUCCAAAUACUAUCAUGGUCAAUGCAGCCCAGACGUGUGGAAAUACAGGCAAGUUGGGCAAUCCUAUCCAAGUCGUCGACAUUUGA